GGCGGAUCUCCGCGGCCCAGUCAAAACAAUGCAGCUCGGCUGGCCCGCACAGUCCAUCCAGCUUUAAUAUUUAACUCAUCACCAAACGAACCGCGCCGCAGAGCAGAUUCACCGCCGCGGCGUGUCGUCUCGGUGAGCCUGGGCCGUGUCGUCUCCGCGGCUGUCCCCUCGCCGACCCCCCGGCUGUGUGCGCACCGAGCCGCCUGUCUGUGUUUUGUUCCGUCGGUUGGAAUGGAGACGGCUAGCGCUAGCCGCCUGAAGCUAACGCCAGCUAGCCGCGCAGAGGCGCACAGGAGCGGCUGAAAACACGAAAAAAACGAGGAAAGGUGGAGAUAUAACGGCUCGGUUAGAGAAAUAUAACGGAAUUACUAAACCCCUGCUGUGUCGGAUAGUUAGCAUGGUGGAGUAAGCGGCUCCGGUGCUGACCGUUAUCUGGCUCCGACCCGACCCGACCAGCGGCUGCCUCUCCCCGGGGAGGAUCAUGGCUCCCGGGUCGCUGGUGGCGGCGUGCCGCAGCCUGGCCCUCUCGACGUGGCUGCUCUCCUUCUGCUUCGUCCACCUGCUGUGCCUGGACUUCACCGUGGCCGAGCGGGAGGAGUGGUACACCGCCUUCGUCAACAUCACGUACGUGGACCCGGCCACGGCGGAGGUCCGCACCGAGAAGACGGAGUGCGGCCGGUACGGCGAGCACUCGCCGAAGCGGGACGCCCGGGGCGCCGUGGUGCUGCCGGCCGCGCCGCACGACCGGCAGGCCUGCGACCCCAACACCCGGUUCUCGGUGCCCGCUCAGGCCGGGCCCUGGAUCGCCCUGAUCGCCCGGGGCAACUGCACCUACAAGGACAAGAUCCGCCACGCCGCCGGCCACAACGCCUCCGCCGUGGUCAUAUUCAACGUGGGAUCCGCCAACGCCAAUGACACCAUCACCAUGCCGCACUCAGGUACAGGUGAGGUGGUCGCCAUCAUGAUCCCCGAGCCCAAAGGCCGCGAGGUCGCCGCGCUGCUGGAGCGCAACGUGACCGUCACCAUGACGAUCACCAUCGGGACGCGGAACCUGCAGAAGUACGUGAGCCGGACGUCGGUGGUGUUCGUGUCCAUCUCCUUCAUCGUGCUCAUGAUCAUCUCGCUGGCCUGGCUCGUCUUCUACUACAUCCAGAGGUUCAGAUACGCCAACGCCCGCGACAGGAACCAGCGUCGUCUUGGCGACGCGGCGAAGAAGGCCAUCAGCAAGCUGCAGGUCCGCACCAUCAGGAAGGGAGACCAGGAGACCGAGGCCGACUUCGACAACUGUGCCGUGUGCAUCGAGGGCUACAAGGCCAACGACGUGGUCCGCAUCCUGCCCUGCAGACAUUUGUUCCAUAAGAGCUGUGUGGACCCGUGGCUGCUGGACCACCGCACCUGUCCCAUGUGCAAGAUGAACAUCCUGAAGGCCCUGGGCAUCGCUUUGAACGCCGACUGCCUGGACGACCUGCCGCUGGACUACGACCUGGCGAUGGGCGGGGUCGGGGGCGUGGGCGGGGUGGGGGCCCUGGCGCUGGAGGCCGUGGUGUCCGGGGCGUCCAGCGACGGCACGCUGAGCGAGGGCGGCUCCUCGGUGGUGCUGGACCCCGGCGUGCGGCGGGUCGGCCUGCCGCAGGACUACCAGGACCCCGACACCCUGAGGGACAGUCCUGUGACCGCCACCACCGACACACACACAGGUGAGCUCCAGCCAAUGGCGAGCAGCGCCUCAGUGGCAUCCCUGGUCAUCGCCGUGGAAACCGGCCUGUCAGACGAGGAGGGGUCUCUGGAACAGUCUCCUCUAGGGGACAAGUCCUGAGAGGAACCGAACCAGAACCGGGCCCAAACAGACUCACGCCAGGGCCGGAUUUUUUUUUAAACAGGGUUGGACUCCUGGAUUUCACCAGAUUCAAACAGAACCUGACCGGACUAGACUGAGCCAGACCUCAGCUAGACCCGGGACCAGGUUCUGAUUUCGACUGGUUUACCUGGAAGCCAGAACCAGUGACAGGUUUUGACUGUGUUUGUCUCUGUGGGACUGGACCGAACCAUGCUAGAACCAGUUCCACGUUUAGACCGGGAUUGAGUUACCAGACCUGUGUGCUGCAGAACUUUGCUGGUUGUGAACUGGAAUUCGAGCUGAGCCAAACCAAACGGACUGGUCUUUACUCAAAGUAGACGACAACAAAGCCAGAACCAGGCUAAAGGUUCGGACGGGGUUUUGACGUAGUGAACCUCAACACCUGGUUUGACUUUGUUCUCAGUCUCCUCUCGGACCAGGACAAGCUGCUGCCGCCUGGCCAGGUUUACCUCGGAUUUAAUCUGGAUUUACCAAGUCUUAGCUAGGAUUUAAACCCGGCUUACCAAGUCUUAUCUAAGGCUUAACCAGGGCUUUAUCCCGGGCUAAACUAGGGAUUAACUUGGUCUACUUGUCUGUCUCGAUGUGUACUGAUGUCUUAAUCGGCACACAUUUGCCUCAGUUCAUGCUGUUUCUGGAAAUAGAUUUAGCUGGCAACUUUUUUUUUAGUAUUAUUAUUAUUUCUAGAUCAGACCUGCUAGGUCCAAUCAGUCUGUCAUCUCUCUUUGCAGACGUCCACACUGACAUAAUGACACCAAGUAAAGAAAAUUCUUUAUGUUUUGCUCAUCAGUUUUGACUGGAAGGAUUUUCUGACUUGCCUGAGCAGAGCGGAUGGGAUUUCAGUUUUUGUCUCCCUGUGGGAACUUAAACCAGCCACCAAACGGAUAAAGAAACCUCCACCAAGAGACGUAAAGCCUCACAAGGAUGAUCUCACCUCGGUACUCAUUCUCUGGUUUGCUCACUUGAUCGAGAACUUUAAUCUCUGUCAGACGACAGGAGAGGACGCUCUCUUCUAGACAUUUUUCUGUUCCAUCUGCAAAGUUGGAGGAACUGCUGAAUUUCAUAAGUGCAUGACAACUCUACACGUGUUUUAACCGUUCGUGAGCAAUCCAAGCCAAGAAUCUAUAUUUUACGUGCAUAUAUUUCUGUCUGUCCACGUUGAUACUGCGUGCGCCGUCUCUCGAACUUUUCUGGAUUGUUCUUUCACGUGAUUUCCAAGUAUGGAGGAGGGACGGCUACGAGGACGAGCCUGGACGGACACACCGACGGAGUCACUCUGUUUCGGUCUUGAGUGCGACGAUGUCUCGGAAGAGUUAUACCGCUGGUUGCUUUUUCCUGUUUGAGUUUGGAAUCUAAGUACAGACACCUGAGACUGGGCAGGGCUGGAAAAGGAACUUUUACAGUGGACUUUUAUUUUGAAAGGACUCUGGGCGGUGUAGUGAACUACAUUGCACCGGUGUUCCGUUUUUCUCUUUUAGUGUUUUGCUAAAAUAGUGGACUCGGGAGAGUUUGACUGCAGUAUUGAACAGCAACUACACAGUAUUUUGUUUUAUUCUGUUUGCCUGUCUGUGUAACUCGAGGCUCCUUUAUUCUGACAGUAUUCCUGUUUGACUUCCUGCCUGUCUGUCGUUGGUCCGGUCCAAAACAGGGUUCCAACCGUAGAGACUGAAUCGGGUGGAGCGGGCAUUGUGCAGGGAGUUGCAGCAUUGCCGGUGAACCUACUGCCAGCCGUCUUUGAGAAACUGACUGAACAGCUUUAUUGACACUUUACUGACAGCAACAAUGAACGCUGAAGUUAAAGUUAACACAUGAAAUGAAUUAAAGUCAUUGGCUGGCUGCUAAAGCUACUAAAAAUGACGCUAAUUCGUUCAUUCAGUGUUAAUAUUUAACAAAUUAUAAGCUAAUCCUCAUUGGCUGCACUGUUGUAAAAAAAAAAGUUAUUAAAUAAUUUUCUGGCAAAGCCAUCAACAAGCCACCAACUAAGAACCAACUUCUUUGAGAACAAAUGUUAAUUAGAAGUCGUUAGUUAUUUUCAGAAUUCACCCCUUCGCUCCGCCCCUUCGUUGUUAGCCGCAUGCUACUCCGUCAAACUGAGCUCGCAUGGAGCCGACACUGUCGCUGACUGCACUCCCUGUGGAAAUAUCUCAUUUUUUGGAAGAGCGAUUUCAGAGAGAGGGGUGUACCACGUGCGUUUGAAGAAUGUCAAAUGGAUUCAGCGUCGAAAAAAUAAAACGUAACGAUAGAGAACGCCUGCAGAUCGCCUCAACACCACCUUGCGAUCCAGACAGGAGAAGGUGACAGUAAGGAGCAGCAGUGUUUGUUUGUGUGAAGCAGGGUAGGUCUUUAGUCUCUGGUACCAUCACUAAACAACAAAAGCAGCUUGUACAGAACCUCAGUGGCUCGUUAAGCUGGUUAGUUAAUGAGCCUGCUAAUGUUGGCAUUCUUACCAUCCCCUUCUACAAAGCACCAGAUAUCAGAGUGGCAGCCCUGUCUUCCACAAGCUCGCCACAGCCCUUUAGCUCUGUUUUCAUUUUUCCAAACAUCAUCUAAUAUUUCCUCAGGGGGUGCACUUAGCAACAUUACGGGCUCCGAAGAAAUUAAUAUCCUUCCAAUCUCUCUGGGUACAACAACGUUUAUCCAUGACCAGCUCGAAACCCACAAAACCAGCGUGAAAAUCAAGAAAAUCUGUGACAGCCAGCCGUGUCGUUGUCAGACGCUGAUCUGAGCUGGCUGAUGCUGUGCUAUGAUUGGCCGGUCUGCCUCUGAGGGCGGGACUUAGCGAAGGACAAAUUCCUUUGAUCGUCCUCUUGUGAAAACAGAACUAAUCAAAGUGUUCUGCCGACGCCGUGACGUCCGUGAAUGUUUACAGAACCACCCGGAAACCCUCCCGUUUUGAGUGAAUGAAAGGCCCAUGUUGGUUCCACCCGAUUCAGUUUCUGUGGUGCCCGUGUUCGCCUGGACAGUCGGACGAAACUCCAAGAACUGAUCAUCGACAAGUUUCCAGGUCUGGAGAAUUACACAUUGUUAAGUAAGCUGGGUAAAAAGAAAAAAAAAGGAAAUCAGUUCUCUGCAACCACACUACAGAUUUCUUCUUCCUAUAAUAAGAGACUGUGAACUCCAGUUGAUAUGUGAGCCUUAUUUUUUUUAAUAAAUGUUUCAAAAAAAAAAAAAAAAAAA